AGCUGUGCUAAGAGAAAAAUUCUGUUUCUAGGCUGUGUGCUUGUGCUAGCAGUGUUUGAACAGAGUGGGAUCUAUUGAUAUUUGUUAUUGUUAAUUAGGGCUAGAUCUGAUAGAUUUAGAAAUGGAGUCCCAAGUGCGUCAGAACUUCCAUGCUGAGUGUGAGGCUGCUGUGAACCGCAUGGUGAAUAUGGAGCUGUACGCUAGCUAUGUCUACCUGUCCAUGUCCUACUACUUUGACUGUGAUGCUGUGGCCCUGAGGCAUAUGGCUGAGUUCUUGAAAGAGCAGUCCCAUGAGGAGAGGGAGCAUGCUGAGAAACUCCUGAAAUAUCAGAAUAAGCGAGGGGGGCUCAUUGUCCUGCAGGACAUCAAGAAGCCAGAGCGGGAUGAGUGGGGGAACAGCCUGGAGGCCCUGCAGUGCGCCCUGCAGCUGGAGAAGACUCUGAACCAGGCCCUGCUGGACCUGCACAAGCUGGCUACUGAGAAAAAUGACCCCCACGUGAGUGUGGUAGUGGAGAGAGUGAAGGCAGUAACUACACGCAGUGCUGCUUUGACAGAGCUGUGUGAUUUCCUGGAGUCUGACUACCUGGAGGAGCAGGUGAAGGCCAUCAAGCAGCUGGGAGACCACCUCACCAACCUGAAGCGCCUGGAAGUGCCUCAGAAUGGCAUGGGAGAGUACCUGUUUGACAAACACACCCUGGGGGAGAGCAGCUGAAUGGCACAGCAGAGGCUUAGAAUGCUUUCCUGGGACCUUGUAUCCAGGGCAAAGAAUAGUUUGACAAAUCCUUAAAUGCUGAGAAUAAAAUUCUCUAAUCCCUGAGCCUGGACUUGUCUUUGAAUAACAUAAGCCACUUAGUGUGAGCUUUUCCCCAUAAGAAACAAUCUGUGUUUGGAGGCUAUAUUUCAUGACUUGUGAAGUCUUAUUAUGCCAGGGGAGAAAUUAGGGCUUGAUUACAUCACCCUAGUGGCAAUCAUGAAACUCUCUGCAAUAGAGAAACCACCACACAAUCUGGCUGUACUACAGUGGGUUUAAAGAGGUGAUAGACUUACUAAUGUAGCCAGGGGGUGAGAACUGAGCUGCCAGUACCUCCAGGUUGGUGCCAAUAACCCAGCAUCUUAUAGACCUAUCUAAUUGUAAAAAUUCCAUGUGUAGUGUAUGCAUUUUUUUUCUUUACUCUGAAUGCUUCAUUAAAACCAGCCUGAAGUCUUAGUUCUCUAAGUGGCUUGAUUUACCCUGUAACAGUGCACUUCACCAUCUUAACUUUUAUUCUGAAUGCUCCUGCAUGUCCUUACAGAAUCAAAAAAGGAAGCUAGGGAUUGAAGGCAACAUAACCU